CACACUUCUAAUCUCGGGGAAGUGGUUUUCCAAAAUAUUAACAUAAAACAGAGUAUUCAUGAUUCUUCUAAAGCAGUAAAGACUAGUUUGACUCUUAGACCAAAAUGCACUCCACGCUAA